AUGGAACCGAGACUGUCUCUAGAACAGCAGAUAGAGGCGUACAAAAAAUCGCCAGAGCUGUUCGAAGAGGACCGCCAGAAGAUUGCACGCAUGGUUUAUGAUCUUGUCGGUGGCAGAGGAAAGGGACACAUGCCUGCCGUCUACGAACAGAGACGCAAAUCGCAGGCUGUAGAGAAGCUCAGUAUGAUUUUCAACGUCGGACCACUCGAUACCUUCGACAUGAGCUGUUAUCUCGCUGGCUAUGGAAUCCUCGCCAACGACUGGAGACAUGCUGAGGACAUCCGUCUUGCUAUUGCUCAUGCGUACGUGUUUGAGCGUGCCGUCGCAGCUGUUGUCAAUCCCGGCGCCAUCAACAAGCUGGACAGGGAGAUUCGUGGCCUGCUGCUUUCCAAGCUCGUCUCAAAGCAAGAGGCAUCUGCCCCGUCUACCGGCUUGCUCAAGACCCCUGCUGGUUACAAGAACGACAUGAGACAGAUCUACCGCAACCUUGACUUCGGCGACCAGAUCGCAGAGUUCGACACUUAUCCCGAGAGAGUCAUGGACUACAGCCCUCUCAGAAAGGCAUGGGAGGACAAAGCUCGCAAACUGGUCAACAGCGGCAUGGUCUUCAACCGCAGACUGGAUUUCCAGGCAUUCGGCAACGAGUUCUCUCCUUUCCGCUACAGCGAAGCCCGCAAAUCGACACCCUGGAUGGGCAAAAACAUCAAACCCGAGCAGCAGUCAGCUACCGACACCGCAGAAGACGUUCGGCAGAGCGAGCGUGCACCGACCGAAGCCGAGAUCGAGCGCAAGACAGCCAAGAACCGCAAGCAGAACGAAAAGAGAAAGGCCAGCAAGAAAGCCAAGAAGGCUCAGCAGCAGGAGGAAGGCACCGCCGAAAAGUCCGACACAGAUUCAUCUAUCGCAGAACUGGUCAAGAACUUCAACGUCUCUACUAGUGAGACCUUCCACGACAGCAACAUGAUUCCUGGCAUGUCGAGCAUGACUGUCAACAUUUAUGUACGCAAGCCUACUGGCAAGGGCGAUACUGCUCAACGCGACGAGGUCGACAAGAAGUGA